CUCCGACUCGCCGCGGUGCACCCGCGUCUCCCUCCCACACGUCCCCCACGGAUAACGCGCUCGCCAGCCAACCCGCACGCCCCCGCCGUCCCCCUCCCCAGCCAAGCCGGCUCGUCGUCCCAGAACACGCGUCCAUCGCCACGAUGGCGACCCCGUCGUCGUCAGCAACGACCCCCUCGCCCCAGCUUGCAUAUAUGCAGCCCCACACGCCCGUCGCCCCCGCAACCCCCGCGACGAACGGUGUCAGCGCUGCCGAUAAAGAGGAGAGGGAGAGAGCGGUUCAGAAGUUCCUCGCAAGGGCCGAGAUUGGCAAGGUAUGUGCGCGAUUUCCCCUCUGAUCUGUACGAAGGUGUGGCUGCGCGAACCUCCUCACCGUGGGCCCGUAUACGCGUGUCGGGCGCGGUAAACCGUGUUCAGACCCAAGCAAUGUGACAUCUCUGCUCUCCGUCAUUUUCACCGUGGCUUGGUCCGCAAGAUCGCCACUGUGACUUUUUUCCGAGCUGGGUUGUGGGUCUGCAGGCCGAUCCUCAUCUCGGAUAGGAGGCGGUUAGGUGAUGCCGACCAUCCUCUUGCUUCCUUCGUCUUUAUGUCUUGCAGUGUUCGUUGCAUUAUAUGCGUUCUUUUCCACUACCCCUCCGUAUUCAACUUGUCCCGAGAUGAAUCUGACUAAUCACCAUUUGUAUUUUUUUCUUUAGCUCACUCGCGGUCUCCGGACG